CACGCACCACGCACCUUACCUUUUUAGGGUUAGGGUUUGCGUCUUCUUUAAAGGGCAUCCAGCCCUCGUUUUCUUCCUCUCUCUUUCUCUCUCUGGCCCUCUCACUUUCUCUCUUUCUCUCUCUAGAAUUUUGAGAUUUGCUGGGCGAGAUGAUGCAGCCAGGACCCGGCAUGGCUCCUCCCAGCAUGGGCCAACAGCCGCCGCAACAGUACCAGCAGCCGCCGCCACAGCAGCAGCAGCAGCCAUACGUCAUGAUGCCGCCGCAGCCUCAGGCGCCGCCUCCCAUGUGGGCUCCCUCCGCCCAGGCUCCGCCGCCGCCGCAGCAGCAGCAGCCUGCCAGCGCCGACGAGGUUCGGACCCUCUGGAUCGGCGAUUUGCAGUACUGGAUGGACGAGAACUAUCUUUACACAUGCUUUGCUCAUACUGGCGAGGUUACAUCAGUUAAAGUGAUUCGAAACAAGCAAACUAGUCAAUCUGAAGGUUAUGGAUUUAUUGAGUUUAAUAGUCGUGCUGCAGCUGAGAGGAUUCUCCAAACGUAUAAUGGGUCUAUUAUGCCGAAUGGGGGGCAGAGUUUCAGGUUGAACUGGGCAACUUUUAGUGCUGGUGAGAGGCGACAUGACGAUUCUCCUGAUCAUACCAUAUUUGUUGGUGACCUUGCUGCAGAUGUUACUGAUUAUCUCCUUCAAGAGACAUUUAGGGCCCGAUAUAACUCGGUCAAGGGGGCAAAGGUUGUUAUUGAUAGGCUAACUGGCCGGACCAAAGGGUAUGGCUUUGUAAGGUUUGCUGAUGAGAGUGAGCAAGUGAGGGCUAUGUCUGAGAUGCAAGGGGUUCUUUGCUCAACAAGACCCAUGAGAAUUGGACCAGCCUCUAAUAAAACCCCAGCCACUCAGCCAAAAGCUUCAUAUCAGAAUGCUCAACCUCAAGGCACACAGAAUGAGAAUGAUCCAAACAAUACAACUAUUUUUGUUGGCAAUCUGGAUCCUAAUGUCACUGAUGAUCAUUUGAGGCAAGUUUUCAGCCAGUAUGGAGAAUUAGUUCAUGUGAAGAUUCCAGCUGGCAAGCGAUGUGGGUUUGUCCAAUUCACAGACAGGAGCUGUGCUGAAGAGGCCCUGCGGAUGUUAAAUGGGACACUAUUGGGAGGACAAAACGUUCGACUUUCAUGGGGCCGCAGUCCUUCAAACAAACAGGCGCAGCCAGAUCAAAACCAGUGGAAUGGUGCUGCUGCUGGAUAUUACGGAUAUGCUGCUCAAGGUUAUGAAAAUUAUGGUUAUGCUCCUGCUGGACAGGAUCCCAACAUGUAUGGCAGUUAUCCAGGGUAUCCUGGUUAUCAACCACCUCAGCAACAGCAACAAAUAGGAUAUAGUUGAAAGUCUAUUCCUUUACUUUUGUAAUCUUAUGACACUUAUCGAGUUGCGUAUCUCUUCUCUUGUCUCGUUGAAAACCGACUCUGCCCCUUUUUUCUUUUUCCUUUGAUUGCUCAAUAACAUUAAAUUUUAUCGGAACGUCUUUUGUAUCCAUAAAAAUUUGCAUGUAGGAUACUUAUUAUAUAAAGUAGUCUCUAUUAUGCAUUGAUAUGGUUUUAA